UCUCGCGCGCACCACGGCCGGGUGCGGAAAUCAUCCCCAAUCUAACGCCACAAACGAAAUAUCAAACGACGACAACAACGACCCCGACCGACCGACCCCCCGAUUUCCUUCGACGAACUAACCAGCUACAAUGAAGGUCGAGCAAGAUUCGUUUUCCGGUCGCAAGAUCUACCCCUCCAAGGGAAAGCUCUUUGUCCGCGGUGACUCCAAGAUCUUCCGCUUCGUGAACGGAAAGUCCGAGUCGCUCUUCCUUCAGCGCAAGAACCCCAGACGGAUCGCCUGGACUGUUCUUUUCCGUCGCCAGCACAAGAAGGGUGUCCACGAGGAAACCGCCAAGAAGCGCACCCGCCGCACCGUCAAGGCCCAGCGUCCCAUCGUUGGUCUGUCGCUCGAUGUGAUCAAGGAGAAGCGUUCGCUGCGUCCCGAGGCCCGCCAGGCUGUCCGUGCCGCCGCCAUCAAGGAGGGCAAGGAGAAGAAGGCUGCCGCUGAGAGCGUGAAGAAGGCCGCGAAGGCCAAGAACGCUGCCGGUGCUGCCCGCGGUCAGGCACAGAAGGUAUCUAAGCAGGGUGCCAAGGGUGCUGCCCCCAAGGCGGCUCCCAAAACUCGUUAAGUUUUAAAUGGGUUGGGCGGGUUGGAUCAAGGUUUUUCGGUGGGCGUUCUACGAUGAUAAUUUCAAAACAUGAGAAUACGUCAUCGAAAAAAUAUGACGACCACUUGUGUGUGACGGCUCAGUGAUCUUCGCUGUAUCAGUCGAGAGCGGCAGGCUUGAUCUCCUGGGUUCCAGCUGUAUAUUGUCUUACGCGUGAGUUCAUGGUCGUAUUGGCUGCUUUAGAAUGCAUGAGACAACGGAGCUAUCAACUCGUCUGGGUGCCCCCCAUCACCUUCGGAGCUAUGGGCUUCUGCGUCAAUACGGGCCGAUGUGACCUUGAUGAAUCGAGUGUAUGUUUUGGGAUGAUCACUUGAUGACGCUUUGGACCGUGG